GCCACGUAUGCCCCUUCGAAUUGAUAGCUUAGCAUUGUGUCAUCAGCGGACUUCCAGGUUGACGGCCCGGACCCGCAAAUCACAACCGCGACAUUGGGCCCUCUUGAGGAUCGAGACGCCCAACAAAGACAGGAACAAAUCUGGGUUCUUUUCUUUCCAUAUGUUGUGAAGCCAAUUACCAUAUGUCGAGUACGAGUAGGUGACUUAUGAUCUAUGUGUUGGCAGCCAGAGGUCAAGCGGUUUGCCUUGCUUCGUGUUCUACAGUUGCCCAACCGCUACACUGGAUAUCGGGAAUAUCUCCGGCUUUUCAUACGUACCACAAGCCUGACUCAGGUCUCCAAGCAGAGCAUCAAGCGUUGCCCUUUUCAUGAACCACUUUCCAGGUCCGACGUUGAUGAAUUCACAGGGAGUAAUGCCCGUUCUUCAUAAUGCGGGAGAGACGCCUCAAGCGAGCGACUCCGUCCCCCGCAUUCCAUCCUGCCACCAGCUACCCGACCUUACCUUACGCUACCACCCAAGUGCAACCCAGCGAAGCAGUGCCUCGCAUGUCUCGCCUUCACAUUGCUCGGCUAUACACACAGUCUCCAUUUCUGUGCAAUCUUUUCAGGUGCUGAGGUCAUGGAUUUCCGAGUUACAGACGGAGUCUCUGUAUAUGGAAAGAAGAUCGUCUGGCCUCUCCAGUCUGGCAGUGUAAUAAAACCUGCUUCUUCACACCUAGCGAUACGGAGAUUCCCAUCACACCAGGUGUUGACCUGUUGGGCUGUCGGGCACUGAUUGGUGGGCAGUGGUGGGGCGGGCUGCUGAAAAUGCCCAGACUGAGAUUCUGGGGUCAGCUGCGUGCCCCAGACCGCCCCGCCUGCUGCAUCCCAUCUUUCCCCACGCCCACGCCUUUUCUGUCUUUGUUCGUCUUCAGUGCCCGUUGAAUCCCUGUCGGCGGCACAUCGUCAGGUGGCCUGUUUCGUCCUUUUGCUCCAGCCGCCGGAACGACAUCAAAAUGUUCCCUGAUACCCCGUCACCCUGUUUUGCUUUUCUUCUACUGUCUGCCAGGAGUUGCGGCUACAGAUACCCAACGGUGUCCCCUCGACUCGCGGCGCGUCAACUCAACUCCCACCACGACAAACUUACUCAAACGCCCGCCCGUCCUCCGUGACCGUUGACCCUUAAACCAACGCUACGUCACCCGUUGUAAGCCCAAGCGUGUCCAGAUCAGCCACGAGGAAACCACUCAACCCAUCCAACCCUCGCUCCGAAUGCCUCACAUCCUGAAAAACGACACCCUCUCUCGUACCUCCAACCUGCCCACCUACUACAGCCUGCGAACCAAUCUUCUCCCUUCCCGCUCCUCCUCCUCCUCCUCCUCUCCCGGCUCCUCUCUGCCGUCAUUUCCCCGCAAUGACGGACCUGCUCGUUCAUGGCCCUCCCAUUAUUCAAGUCAGCACUGUUGAGGAUGGCAAGCUCAAAGCGUCUAAGAGGCCGAGGCCGAGGCCGGCGCCGCUAAAGCUGAAGAAAACAUCACCUUCACACUCCUACAUCCCACUAUUAACCAAGAUUGUCCGGGACGCUAGCAACCUUGUCUUAUCAUGGCGAGAUGGCCUCACCGAGUCGGAACGCGAGGAUAAGAGGCGGACGGAGGAGAGGAUGCAGAUUCUGGCAGCGCGCAUGCACAGCGCUACUUCGCUGCGGGAUUGGAACGCCGCUGCUAAAGAAUUAGAUGCGCUCGAAGGGAAUGACGAAUGGAAGCUCGACGAUGCAAGUGGCGACUACCACCCCCAACUGAUCCGACUCAAGCUCAAGGAGUUGGAUGCUGCCCGGAUCGACUGUGAUAUCAGCACCAUGAUGUAUCUCAUCCGAACAGCCCUCUCGCGAGACCUUGGUGGAAUGGGAAACAUUGACUUGUACCGCCAUUCGUACAUUGGGACCAAGAGCCUCAUCGAACGCUACGUGGAGUCGGCCGUCAAAACGAUCGAGGCACUGGUGGAGAAGAGUGCCCACUCGAUCCCGGCCGGCAUGGAACCCCAAGAUUUGCUGGAGGGCAUGCUCUACGCUCGACAGAGUUUCGGAAGGAGUGCUCUGCUCCUGAGCGGCGGAGCAACCUUUGGCAUGUCCCACAUCGGCGUCUUGAAGGCACUCUAUGAAUCCAAGCUGCUGCCGCGCAUCAUCUCCGGUGCUUCGGCUGGUUCAAUUGUUUGUGCUGUUCUGUGUACACGCAAGGACGAAGAAAUUCCCGCCUUGGUCGAGGCGUUCCCUUAUGGAGACUUGGGCGUUUUUGAAGGCGAGAAGGACGGUCUUUCUGAUCACAUUCGACGACUCCUUACCGAAGGGUGCUGGGCCGACAUAUCGAACCUGACCAGGGUAAUGCGCAGCUGGCUCGGUGACGUGACAUUCCAAGAGGCCUACAACCGAACAAGAAGAAUAUGCAACAUUUGCGUGUCUUCAGCUUCGAUUUACGAGCUGCCUAGGCUGCUCAACUACAUCACGGCCCCUAAUGUCAUGAUCUGGUCAGCCGUGGCAGCUUCGUGUUCGGUUCCUCUCGUCUUCCAGGCUGCUUCUUUGCUAGUCAAAGAUCCAGCAACCGGUGCCCAUGUGCCCUGGAACCCAACACCACAACACUGGAUUGAUGGCUCGGUGGACAAUGACCUGCCCAUGACCCGACUUGCCGAGAUGUUCAACGUCAACCAUUUCAUCGUCUCACAGGUCAACCCACAUAUCGUUCCUUUCCUCUCCAAGGACGACCGUCUUUAUCCGGCGACAACCCCAGGAAAGCUUCGUCAGCAGAAAGAAUCCCCAGACAGCGGGGCCUGGCUAGACACGCUCACAACACUAGCCAAAGAGGAAACACUCCACAGACUCCAGUUCAUGACAGAGUUGGGCAUCUUUCCCAACCUGUUUACCAAAUUGCGCUGCAUCUUAAGCCAGAAGUACUCAGGGGAUAUCACCAUUCUUCCCGAGACGGCUGUGCAUGACUUGCCUCUGAUCUUGAAGAACCCCACACCGGACUUCAUGAUGCGCAACUGCCUGAUUGGUGAGAGGGCAACCUGGCCUAAACUCAGCCGCAUCCGUGAUCGACUGGCUAUUGAGCUGGCGCUGGACCAGGCCGUUCACAACCUGAGGGCCCGGGUGGUGUUCAGCAAGAGCCAGGUAGAGCUUCGUCGUCUUGUGGGAGUCUCAGAGCCGCAGGGGCCGACGAGAAGAACAUUUCACAGCAGAGGUAAAAGUGUUGAGCUCACGACCGGAGGCUAUGCACGUUCUAGUUAUACGCCUUGUGACCAAGAGCCAUCAUUUGGCGAAGCGACUCCUGUAAGAGCUUGGGACAGAAGACGCCGCAGUUCUGGCGGUAGCAUCCAACUGCUGGCGGCCAGACACGAGAAGCAUUUCCAGAAUAUGCAGGAUAUGGAGGACGAGUGGACGGACAAAGAGUCUGAAGAGGAUGAAAGACUAGAGAUGAGCCUUCGUGGCCGGAACAGGAUGCACCGGGCCGGUACACGACGUCCUGGUAGCAAAACACGUGCUACCAGCAGACCCCGUACGAGGAGCAAGCCACGACUCAAGCGUGCUAGCCAGAGCCACGGUAGCUUGCGUGCUGGACGGCCCGUACAUCACGAUUACUUCCAUUCGCCCGGGAUACCAUUGUAUGACUUCGCAAAGCCUCUAUCCCCAAGUCAUCCGGGAGACGACUCGGCAGUGGCAAUGGAGGAUUUCAACGUUGACGAUCCGCCCAAACCAUUGCCGGUGGCUAUUACCCCGGUCGGCAUCAAGAUCGUGAGAUCCUCCCCUCCAGGAAACAAUCAUCAUUCAGAUGCGGAUGUCGACAGCGAUUCGGACCCCUAUCACAGCGGCUCGCCACGAAAAGACUCCGUGCUAUAGCCCAGGAUGAUGCAGUCAGAGAUGAAAUAGUUAUGUUUUGCAGAACCGUUGGUAGCCAGGAAACGACAAGUACGUGUUGAGGCGGAGAAGUGGAGAAGCUUUCACGUGAAAUCUCGGCGGUUGUGGCGGUGUUUGCUUGAGUCUAUUGUUCUGCACUUGCUCAUGACAUUGUGUGGUUGAUGGAGCUUUGUUGUUAGGAAGAUACCAGAUAUGAUUUGAAUACAAAUGCUUUUUGCACAUUUAUGUCGAUUUUGUUUGUACUUUAUUAGUUUUCUCAGAUAGUUGGGCUAUAAUGGAGGUGCAUUGGGUGCAACAGCUUGAGUGUGUCUUGAAGUGUGAACUGGUUGGCUGUUGUGUUGGUUUCAGUGAGAUCCCAACCCCCA